GAACGCAUCCCAACAACAACAACAAUUGUCAACAAAGCGUCAAACUCGAGCAAAAAGCAUUAAUUAAAACAUUUCUGAGGACUUUAAAAUUAUGAAUACACAAGAUAGCAGUAGGAAGAUACUGGAGGAUUUAAAUUUCAAGAAGCAACAGCUGCAAAAAGGAUUGCCAAUUAUCCAGACGACACCAAAUCAAACGCCACUGCUGGAAUCACAGCAAAUUAAUACAGCUGCACGUGCGACUUAUCAGCAAGCUCAAUCGUCAUCUUUUGGAUUUUUCAUUUUAACAGAUUCUUCGUUUGGGAACUCGAUUCUUCCUGUAUUGCCUAGAUUUGAAUAGAUAUGUCUGCAACGAUUAAGUUAAAGAAACUAGAAGAAUAUCUUCAAUCGAUUGAUUCCUUUGAGAAUCCUAAAAUACUUUUAGAACAAUACAUAACACCGUCACAUAUUUCAAGUCAUUUCCUUUAUACAAUACAAAAUAAUUACGAUGAUAUUCGAGAGAAGCUUGUUGCUGAUUUAGGUGCUGGAACUGGCAUGUUGACAAUUGGAUCUGCUAUUUUAGAAGCAUCACAUGUCGUUGGAUUUGAAAUCGAUUUAGAUGCUUUAAAUAUUGCCAAAUUCAAUGCUGAUGAAAUGGAAGUAACGAAUGUGGAUUUUGUACAAUGUGAUGUUCUGAAUGACUUGAUAUCAGAUGAAAAUAAGAAGUGGCAUAAAGCAUUCGACACUGUAAUUUUAAAUCCACCUUUUGGAACUAAAAAGAAUAGUGGAAUUGACAUAGAAUUCUUAAAAGUAGCUACGCAGCUAUCAAAUCACUCAGUUUAUUCGUUACAUAAAACAUCAACAAGGAACUACAUCCAGAAAAAGGCAAAGGAACUAAAUUGUAAAGGUGAAGUUAUUGCUGAAUUAAGAUACAAUCUCGAUUCAUCUUAUAAAUUUCAUAAGAAGGCUUCUAAAGACAUUGAAGUUGAUGUAUGGAAAUUCACUCUUUUGUCAUAAUAAAGAUUUAUUAUACGGAA